UGAUGACAAAAAAAAUGGAAUUUACUUUAAGAGAGGUAAGUGAAGAGUAAAGAAGGAGUAUAGAGAAAAGAGAAAACCCUAGUAGAGAUAUACUUACAACAGACAAGAGUCUAACAUAACGCCACAAUCGCUCUCGCGCGCUUCAUUCUCCCUCGCCUUCUUUCCAACAACAGGUUCAGGUGCUCCUCCUCGUUGACAAUGGCGGGGACCGAAUCCAAAAAACAAUCUGCUGAAAAAAAACCAAAAUCUGGUGCCAAACCACAACAAUCUGGUGGUAAGAAGAAGGAGGUCAAGAAAGAAACUGGAUUAGGUCUCACUAAUCGGAAGGCUGAAAACUUUGGAGAGUGGUAUUCUGAGGUUGUUGUUAAUGGGGAAAUGAUUGAGUACUAUGAUAUUUCUGGUUGCUAUAUCCUCAGACCUUGGUCAAUGUCAAUUUGGGAGAUUUUGCAAGCGUUUUUUGACCCAGAAAUAAAGAAAAUGAAGAUCAAGAACUGCUACUUCCCUGUGUUUGUUUCACCUGGUGUUCUGGAAAAGGAGAAGGACCAUGUUGAGGGUUUUGCUCCAGAGGUUGCUUGGGUGACAAAAUCUGGGAACUCUGAUUUAGAGAUUCCUAUCGCUAUUCGUCCAACUAGUGAAACUGUCAUGUAUCCCUACUACUCUAAGUGGAUUAGGGGACACCGUGACUUGCCCUUGAAACUUAAUCAGUGGUGCAAUGUUGUUAGAUGGGAGUUCAGCAAUCCCACACCGUUCAUCAGGAGUCGUGAGUUUCUUUGGCAAGAAGGACACACUGCUUUUGCAACAAAGGAGGAAGCAGAUACAGAGGUUCUUGAAAUAUUGGAAUUAUAUAGGCGUAUAUAUGAAGAGUAUUUGGCAGUUCCAGUCAUAAAGGGUAAGAAAAGUGAGCUUGAGAAGUUUGCGGGUGGACUUUACACUACCAGUGUUGAGGCAUUCAUUCCAAACACUGGUCGUGGCAUACAAGGUGCAACUUCUCAUUGUUUGGGACAGAAUUUUGCUAAAAUGUUUGAGAUAAACUAUGAAAAUGAGAAGGGAGAGAAAGCAAUGGUCUGGCAGAACUCAUGGGCCUAUAGUACUCGAACUAUUGGUGUGAUGGUGAUGGUUCAUGGUGAUGACAAGGGAUUGGUGCUGCCUCCUAAAGUAGCAUCAGUUCAAGUUAUUGUGAUUCCUGUGCCUUACAAAGAUGCUGAUACUCAAGGAAUCUUUGAUGCCUGUUCUGCAACAGUGAGUAUGUUGUGUGAAGCAGGAAUCCGUGCUGAGUCAGAUUCAAGAGAUAACUAUUCUCCUGGAUGGAAGUAUUCUCAGUGGGAAAUGAAAGGUGUUCCUCUAAGGAUUGAAAUUGGGCCAAAGGAUUUAGCAAAUAAGCAGGUUCGUGCUGUUCGACGUGAUACUGGAGCAAAGAUAGACAUUGCUAAUGCUGGCUUGGUCGAGGAAAUAAAAAAGCUGCUCGAUAGUAUUCAACAGAAUCUGUUUGACGUUGCAACACAAAAACGAGAUGAAUGUAUUCAGAUCAUACAUACAUGGGAUGAGUUUGUACAAGCUUUGAAUCAAAAAAAGAUGAUAUUAGCCCCUUGGUGUGAUGAGAAGGAUGUUGAAGUAGAUGUCAAAGCAAGGACAAAGGGUGAGAUGGGAGCAGCAAAGACUCUUUGUAGUCCCUUUGAUCAGCCAGAACUCCCAGAAGGCACAACGUGUUUUGCGUCAGGUAAGCCUGCAAAGAAAUGGUCAUACUGGGGAAGAAGUUACUAGAUCUUGAUUCUGGUAUUUUUUGAAGCUUGUUCAACAUGUCUGAAUUUGUGGAUUAUGCAAAUAUUAGUUUUCUUCUGCUUGGAUAACUAAUUUUUCAAUUGAUAGUUUUUACUUCGAUUUUAUACAGUACAAUUUUUAUUCAACUUUAAAGAAGAGUACACUGGGUUUUGCAUGCUACUGCUUCA